UUGGCUCACAAGGGCCGUGGGGGCAGAAGAAGCUCCGAGAGGCGUCCCGGCAUGCAACACGCUGAAUGAGCUGUCUUAUAUAAGAACCAACCUUGUCUCUCAUGCCCUAUCUGUAAUGACCCCUCGACGACUCUAGUACGCUCACUAUUUUCUGUCCCAUUGCUGGGUCUAAGGAACUCUAACAUUCCUAUCGCAACCUAGAUGGCAUCGGACUCGUCCGCCUACGCUCUUUCCCACGCCCUCCCGAACGCCAUGCCCCGCCGUCCAAUUCACAUGUCUCCCGCCGAGGCCAUCGCCCAAGCCUGGCAGCGAGAAUCAGAAGAAUCGAAAAGGCAUUGGAGGGCGGCCGAUGCUCGUACGAAAGAGCGGUACUAUGCUCCUCACCCCUGGUCGUCUACGGGUCGAAAGACGGUUGGGACGAAGAUGUGAAGGAUCUAUGGGUUUGAGCAAUCUUGGGCUGCUGGUAUUUAUUUUUUAGGCGAUGACCAUCCCGCCGCCCAUUCGCUUAUUUAUUCGUUUGUUCAUCCCUGUCAUUCAUAUUUUUUCUUGCUUUUUGCUGUAUCUAUACCGCGACCACGCCCCCUGCACAUGCUCGAUGAUCACGGAUUCCUCAAAGUGUAUCCAGCGUCUAUCUUAUCUUGUCUGCUCCCGCAAAAGUUG